ACUCACUACACUCUCCUCCUUAGGUAAGUUCUUAGCAUUCAAAUAUUCACUCAUAGUAUUGAAUCUCCUUUCCUUCGCGCUCGCUGUCAACCACCCAAACCGAACAGUAACCUGGCAGUUGGCAGUUCUUCUUAAUAAGGCUGCUGUUAUUAUUACAUCAGGUGUCUACCGUGACUGAUCACGAGGACGAACCCCGCAAGAUCCUAUGGAUUCUUCUAUGCGUGCAUUGAAAUCGCCAUCAACGACUUGUCAAUGCCCUGCAUGUGAUGUAAUGCACCUCUUACCAGGUAACCCCUUUAGAAUGAGGUUGCAUGUCACUCUUGCAGGGUCACGGUUAAUGUCGUCCUUAUAAUCUGGAAUGCCCGCAUUUGCUGGUGCAUAACGCUAUAUUCAUCCACCAUUUCAUUCGAUAGCGGCUAUGACGCAGUCAGAAGUCCGUAAUGAGCCCACGACGAACGAGAAAUUAGAUGAUCUGGAAGAGCUGGGACGCAAACAGUCUGAAUCCUCACCGCCAUGUUCAGAAUCUGACCCUAUGGAUCGCGGGCGUCGGGCAUGGGCAACUGCUUUUGGAUGUUUCCUGGUGCAAUUUUGUGGCUACGGAUAUAUAAACUCUUUUGGAGUCUAUCAAGAUUUUUACACGCGAAUCUAUCUGACCAACCAAGCACCGUCUACAAUAUCAUGGAUCGGCGCAUUGACUUCGUUCCUCGCAGCCAAUACCACCUUGAUCUCAGGUCUGCUGUACGACAGAGGAUGGUUCUACCAAUUGAUGAUCGUGGGGUCGUCGCUUCAAUCACUGUCCUUGUUCAUGUUAUCCUUCGCAAAGCCUGGCCAGUUCUACUUCGUUUUUAUGAUUCAGGGUGUGCUUUCUGGGAUUGGAAUGGGCUUGAUGUAUGGUCCCAGCAUGGCAGUCAUUUCUCAGCACUUCUCCAAAAGACGCACAUUGGUGAUGUCUUUUGUCGCGUCCGGUACACCAUUGGGUGCCAUUGUUCAUCCAAUGAUGCUCAAUCAUCUUUUUCAUGGUACUGUUGGCUUUACCGGAGGCGUCCGUGUCAGUGCAGGUUUUGUCAGUGCUCUGUUAUUGAUCGCCUGCUUAUCCAUGCGCACGAGAGCACUGACGACGUCGAAACCGACUGCCAGUUAUAGUGUAGUUGCACGAAAAUGCUCUCGCGAGGUUCCCUUUAUCCUCAUGACCGCUGGGAUCACGCUGUGUCAGAUCGGCUUUUUCUACCCUGUAUUCUAUUUACAGCUGGACUCUAUCAAACAUGGGGUCGACGUUCAUUUCUCGUUCUACUCCCUUGUGAUCUUGAAUGCUGCCGCUGUUAUUGGACGUUGCACAGCAGGAAUAAUUGCAUCUUAUACUGGGUUGUUGAACUUGACCAUUGCAUCCACUUUCGCAUGCGGUGCCCUCAUCAUAUCCAUGAUAGCUCUGAGUCAGAUGUCCGGGGUGAUUGUGAUAGCCGUCACAUAUGGCUACGUUUCUGGAGUUUUCGUUUCAAUGUCGGUCCCGCUGGUGACUAUGUUGACGCCCAACUUAUCGGAGCUAGGGGUGCGAAUGGGCUUUUGCUUUGGUUUCACCGCAUUUGGUUCAGCACUCAGUGGUCCAGUAUCAGGCGCUUUACUAUCAUCCCAAUAUAGGUGGUUGAUACCGUCGCUCUUCUGUGGGAUCAUCUGUUUUGUCGCAAGUUUGAUAUUUGUGGUGAUGCGGUUGAUAAUAUACCGCCAACGAUAAUGGAAACAUGGCUUGGCGCGAAACGAGGUGAACCGUUUGGUUUACUUACGACUAAUGAGGGGUUUCGCUGGGAAUUGGGUUCAAUGAGGGCUUUCCCUGGGGCUGGUAUAUACACGCGACGAGACUGGACGAAGGGCAGCGUUAUCUCGCGAUUGUGCGUAAAUAUGUACGUGAUACAUGACUGAAAACAUGUGCAGACUUAGACAUAUUUCGGGACCACCGAUCUACUUAUAAGUCGAAAGUAGUACAAUGAUAUGUUUGAAUUGAUCC